GCAAAAGAGGCUGCUGCGAAGUAAGGCAGGAUAAACUAGUCUUACUCGCCAGCGGUGUGUAGUAACUGGGGUGUAAACCUUUAGAAAGGCUGUUUGUCAAUAGUGGACAGAAGAAACUGUUUUCCUUACAAGGGAAGCAAGAGCGAGAGAAGGGAUGUUGUGUCUGAGCAUUCAUGGCUCUUAGGUCCUUAUUAGCUCAGGCUGAGACUGCUUCUUUCAGUCUGUUAGAAACUGUCUACAUAACCAUUCUUCUAAACCUGUCAGCUUUCUCUUUCUUUUUACUAUACUGGCUUUAAGAACCUGAAUAUUUGGUAAAACGUCUCAUGUAGUAGUGCAGUUAAAAGAGUGAAGUCUUCAGUCUAGAAAGGGCAAAGUUGAGUUGGGGUUUCAGUACGUGGCCUGCAACGUAAAGUAAGUUGUAAGGGUAAGAUGAAUGAGUGGUGCUGGAGGAGAGAGAACUUAAUUCAUUUCCGUGUUCUUGUGGUUUUGAGCUACCAUAUUAUUAUGUAUAUAAAACAACUGAGAAGAUUUUUUAUAAUGCUACUUGGUGGUAUUAUUAUUUGUUAGAAACACUGAAAAGGAAUGAAGCAGUGGUGUUCAGAAUCAGUAGCCAGCUAACAGCUGAUUAAAACUGUUCUCCAGUAGGAAGAAUCCUUUCCUAUGGAGGUGCUUGUAUUGGCACAUAUAUGAUGUCAUUAGCCACCUAAAAUUAACAUGGAAAACUGUUUAAAAUAACAAAAACCCCUCUGCAGCAGCUGUCAAGCUUUCUCAAUAACCCAUGGUUUUCUAUGAUGUUAGUCAAAACCUAAUAUAGUCAAGAAGUUUAUACACAGGCUUCAUAUAAAAUCUGCUUUGAAAGCUUUUCUGUUUCUAGUUCUUAGAGGAGUGCACUCAGUAGAAAGUCAAUAUCUUAUUUACAAGCUGAUAGACAAUAAACCAUAACUGGCAGUCUGGCUUUGCAGCAUAAGCACAAAUUUAAGCUCAUUUUAAAAUGCAGCCCCAGCUGUGUGCUAUUUGCCUGAUCUUGUGGCUCUUCCUUCUAUUUUACUUUUCUAGGCUGUCUCGUGAGAACACUCACUGUGUUUAGUUCACACUUCUCUGUUUGUCGCUGUCCUCGAUGUUUUUGUCUUUGCAUUCCUCAACACCUUGUGUAUCUAUGGAACGUAAGAUAAAGGGAAUGGUCAAGCCCCACUUCUUUUCUUAUGAAGAUUUUUUUUCCCCUUCUCUGCCUUUUUUCCUCUUCUGUUCUUUUGCAGGAUUGUCAGUACUUGUGACAGGACACACCAAACUCAGGUGUGAAAGCACAAGGCAGGAUUUCAUACAGCAGUCGCUUCUGUGCUGAAGCAUUAAAUUACUCUGAAGCUACUCCAGCUAGUAGUGGAUCUGUACACAAUCACUGUUCACUCAGUGAGUGAAUUAGUAAUGAAGAAGCAUGGUGGGAGUACUUUACUAACAGCAGAAAAGCAGGAAUCUGUGGCAGAAUUGCCCUUUGUUGAAAACUGUGAAGAGUUCUCUAGCUCUUUUACUCAGUGAUUAAAUUCAAGACAUGGGGCCAAUGAAAUAUAAGUCUGGGGUGUCCUCAGUGUCCUGUGGUCUGCAGUACCACCACUCGUUGAUAAAGUGGAGUCCAAAAAUGAAUGUCCACAUAGUGCGGACUUACUGCUCAUCAGCGCCCAAGAGGCCUGAGGCCAAGUCUGCACUAGAAGUGGCCUCAGCUCUUCUGAAUCGACUGACAGAGGCUGGGGCUGUGAUGGCAAAAAACUCCCUUCAGAAGAUGUCUGCGACCUGCAAGAGCUGGUGGGACAGAUACGAAGAGUUUGUUGGAAUUAAUGAGGUUCGAGAGGCUCAGGGAAAAGUGACAGAGGCUGAAAAUGUCUUUAUGAUAGCUCGAGGGAUAGUACGAGAAGCCCGUGAAAAUGUAGAAGCCCAACAGAGUAAACUGAAGGAAAUUCGGGACCGUUUAGACAGGGUCUCACGGGAUGACACCCAGUAUUUAGAACUGGCCACUCUGGAACACAGGUUGCUGCAGGAAGAGAAGAGGUACCGAGCUGCAUAUUUAAAUGCAGAAGAAUCUGAGAGAGAAAAAUUCUCACUCUUCUCUGCAGCUGUAAGGGAAAGCCACGAGAAAGAGCGAACAAGAGCUGAAAAAACCAAGAACUGGUCUAUUAUUGGUUCUGUACUGGGAGCCAUUAUAGGUGUUCUUGGUUCCACCUAUGUUAAUCGAGUGAGGCUGCAAGAAUUGAAAGUCUUGGUGCUUGAAGCACAGAAGGGCCCAGUGAAUUUGCAAGAAGCCAUUAGAGAACAGGCCUCCAGCCACAGCUUACAGCAGAAGGAUCUCAGCGACAUCAUAGCAGACCUGAAAAGUGUGCUGCAAACAAGGACCUCACAGGAAAUGAAAGAAGGUGCUUUGUUAACUAGACAAGACAAAGGUGACUCCAUAAAUAUAGAUGCUCUUUUAAUUCCUUUAAACGAACAGCUCAACUACACUAAGCAAGUCAGUUCAUGUCUAGGGAGUUUAGAACAGCAGUUUCGUAGUCUGCAGGAAAGUGUAGCACAAAUGGUGUCUGAGCUGCAGAGUGUUAAACUUGCUGUUCAUGCUAGAACAAAGGAAAGAACCAUGCCAAGGUCUUCAGCAGAAGGUAAGGGCCAGGCUUCUGCUGCGAGAGAUGUGAUUUUAGAGCUGUGUGAUACCGAGCGGAGACUGGAGGCACAGAUCAAGAGGAAUUCUAUUUACAGCACUGCACUGACAUGUGCUGUCUUUGCUAUUACCCUGCCAGUACUCUACAUUAUACUCAAGGGGAACUGAUCUCUAAUUUAUUUCAUUAAUAAAAUUAAACUUGCACUCUAAGUAUUCAGAGUACAAGGCCAAAUAAAGUGUUAGCAUUUCUCAUUAUGCUUUCUCCUGUGUAUCUGGAAAACUUGUAAAGACUUAGUGCAGCCACCACUGCAGGGUCCAUGUUAACAGCCCUUGUCAUGUGUUGCGGGUUUUAACUGCAAACAAGGGAAAUGUCACAGUUUCAUCUCCUGAUUUCAUUCACUGCUUUGCUCUUUCACUGUCUAUUCUGGUAUAUCAUGGCCAGUCAGUGGCUUUCAAUCCGGAGCUGUAUUUGUGAUGUUUUGCUCAAAUGAUUCUUUUAAUCUGUCAUUGAUCUGAGUGCUUCCUGUGUAACGCUUUCUGAUUUUGCUUCUGAUUUCCUCAGAGUUUUGCAGUUUGUCCACACACAAACCAUUAGGAGUCAUUUUAACAAAUGGGUAGAAAUAUUGGCCUUGAAUUCUUUGGUUUGUUUCUUUUGUAUAUAAUAAAGUCUAGAUAGAA